UGGCUUUUUAGGCUGCCUGUGCGAUUGAGAGAGGUGCGUGCGCUCGUUCAUAGUGGGCGUGCGCUUGUUCCAAGAGAUGACUGCUUCUCCGCUCCUAUUCACCAACCCGCCCCCUCGCGUGUCCACCCGCCUUCUUGGAGGUCUGCGACGACGACCAUGUUUCUUACGAGGCCAUCGCCGACGUUGACGUCGCCUCAUGUGCCCCAAGUGCCGUCGUCGUCAUCGUCGUCCUUAUCGUCUCUGUCGGCUCCAGCGCCCCUUGCAGACGUGGAGGGCAGUGGUCUCCCAGCUUCCUCGUCUUCCUCGUCGUUCUCGGGUCCCGCAACACGAGGAGAUGGGGGCAAGCGAACCCAGAGGGCGGGAGCGUGGUCCCAUGCAACGACUGCGCCUGCCAGUGUGCAGGUCCAUUACCAUUACCUCGCCGGACGGUACCGUGAUCUGAGCUAUGAGCGUGGCCUCGGCCUGGCCGGUUCAGGCAUGCCAUCGUCGAGCACAAUGGCGACGACGACGGCGGCGGCUGCGGCGACGCUCCUUCGAGGCAUUCCUGAGGGCGAGGGCGAAGGAAGCAUGGAGGCAGAUCGCCGCUCUCACGACUCGGGCAACACUGCCAGCGCCAGCAACAGCCUCCGAGCUGCCCUUGUCUCCUCUGCCUCUUUCUCCUCCAAGACUGCAGUGGCAGGCGGGUCUGCCAGGAAGCUGGUGUCGUCGAGCCGUACAGAGCCUGCCUCAUCUUCGAGGCUCGAGAAUCUCUUCAUCGGAAGCACCAAGAGGGGCUUGCCCACGCCAUCAAAGGCAAAGGCCAACGCGGCGACUGCUGCCGUCGCACAAACCGCACGUUCCAAGGCACCCCACGGAGCAAAGCAUGGCAGCCUCAGAGGCUACGCUGAGGAGCGGCUCAAGGCACAGGAGCUCUUCGAGGGUCGCAUCGCCAGGGCCACCGACACGGGCCGGCUCAAGUGGGAGGCAAAGACGGCCAUCCUCAACAACUCGUACGCCCUCGCCGUCCUUCUUCUGACGAGGGCUGGCCAGCUCGGAUCUAUCUCGGCCUGCCUGUCGCUCGGCAGCCUCUAUACAAAGGGCGUCACCAAGGGCAACCAGCCCGUCGUCGUCCUCGUCCAUCGAGACCCGCUUCUUGGCAUUGCAUGGGCGCUCGAAGCAGCCAGGCUGCUGGAGAGCAGGUCCGAGGCGAGAGCAAGACGGGGAAAGGACCUGGAGAACUCGUGGGAGCAGCCUGCUCAGAUCGUGAGCCUCUUUGCUCGGCUUCUGAGAUCGAGGCAGGCCAAUGCAACCGGGACCGAGAGCGUCGACGUGCCCGUGGUCGGUUCGGCUGCUGCUGCUGCUGACGACGGACGGCCGAACGUGCUCUGGGCGGCUCUUUGCCUCUCCAUGGCCUGGUUGGAUCAGCAGCUGGUGUUGUUGCCCAGCCAGGACGUCGAUGAUGGCGCAAGCCGAGGCCCCGAUGACGACGAAACGGACCCAGCCGCCGUGGCUCGGCUGCGAGCGAGGACACACAUUGCCCUAAUCGAGGCUCUGGUGGCCACGAGACAGGCUGCUCCUGCGCUCCGGAGUCAAGACGACGAACAAGAGACCUCUUCCAUCGAUCGGGCCCGAAUCGCCUGGUCUCGCUUCGCAGAGGCUCUCCAAGGUGGCGAUAUUGUCCUGGACCCCGAGCAAGGUGGUCUAGGCGAAGUGGCCGAGGCAGGCAUACUUUUCCGUGACUCGCUUGGUCAGACUCAAGAUGCGCCUGGCAGUGAGCUGGACAAGCUGGCCGAGACGCUACAAGCGAGCCUCGUCGAAGCCAGUGUGCCCGUCACCGAGAGUCACUCUGUCAAGCCUGCUUCGAAUACGACGGGGCAGCUGCAAUCACCCUCGAAGCGAGCCAAGCUUCGUCAGCGUCGGUCCGUCGAAGAUCUGCAGUCGAAAGAGGUGAAAGCAAGCAAUGAGGCUCAAGCGAUGCGUAUGCCUGCGCUCCUCAAUGCUGCCCAUACCACGUCAACGUCGCCGUCAAUUGGCAUUGCAGAUGCGCACGUGCACGGCGCCAGGCUCCUCUUCCCGCGACAGAGAGGCUUUCGAGCCAACAGUCUCCAAGAAGGGGGCAUCAGUGCUCGGCCCGUUGAAGCGGAGCCGGUGUCCUUUCGAGCCGGUGGCUUGCAUCGCGCUCGAAGGCCUUCGAGCAUCAUGUCCGACUCGCCCUCGCUCUUGUAUGCACCCGCCGGCGAUGACGAUGCUGGCGACAGUCCUCCCUCCUCACACAGCCGUCCUGCGCCGCUCACGCGUACGCAGACGGACGUGGUAGCUAUCUCGAACGACGAAGGAGUACAAGGCAUCUCGCGGACAGACAGUGUGGCGAGCAGCUUGUGGGGCGCAUCAAACUCGACCUCGGCGGCGAGGAAGGGCGCAGCUACUGCACCGAGAAAGAGGGUGACGUCGCUCUAUGGCGCACCCUCUGCCGCCGCUGCCGACGUCGUAACGACCGAGGGUGCGACGACGUAUGACUAUGACAUCAACGCCUCGCUACAGAGGCAGGCCGCCAGACGCUACCGCUCCGACUCGAAUGCCUCUAUCAGCACCAUUGCCUCGAUGCUCUCUACCGCUCCAUCGAUCGCCGAGUCAAUGGCGUGGGAGCGCGAACGCGAGCCGUACGCUCAGGGUACCCUUGCGAGUCACGGAAGCGUACAAAACAUUGGAGGCUACGAGAUUCGUCUAGGUGGGGCCGCGGAUAGUCUGCGCCGACUCCGCAAGACGAGCACCUCGAGCAUCGCUUCGAGAGACGGUCCCGCUGCGCCCUUGCUCACCGAAACCCUCGAAAAGAUGAUUGCAGACAGCCCCGGCUAUCGGGCAGCCAAUGCCUCGUCAAAUCCCUAUGCUAAUCAGAAGGGCGCAUAUGGUGCUCAGCAGCAGCAAGCAUUGCAACGCCCCGUCAUGCACCCUCGUCGCAACAGUAAUGCAUCGCUGCGGAGCCUCUCUGCCUUCUCGACGACGCAGCACCGUCAGACUUCUUCGGGACUUCGAUCGCCCAUCUACGGUGCCGCCAUGCCAAGACCUCUGUCUGUCUUCGCCAUGCCCAUUCAGGCCAGCGUGGAAGCUUCUCCGAUCUCUCCCGUUGAUCACCAGCAGCCAUCGGCCCAAUCAUCGUCCUCCAACAAGCUCAGCGCUCUCGGCUCUCUCCGCAAGCUGGGAGGCAAUGCCUCUGGCAAGAACCGAGCCGCCAUUCCCCCCCGACUUACGAUGACAGCGUCUGCCCUUCCCGUCUCCAAGCCAGACGAGGAGGGAACGAAGAGCAUGCCUUCUUCGCCGCUGGCUCCGCGUAGCAAGGCAACUCUUGGGCAAGGACUUGCCUCUGAACAGCAAGAAGAGGAGGAGAAGGAGGAGGAGGAGGAGGAGCCACGUGUUCGCAAGUCGAUGGACGACGCUCGACGCGCCGGUCCCCUGUCCAAGCAAAGCCAAAGAGCAUUCGCCAGCAUUGAUCCCACAACGGCCGAGCCUGCCGCCUCGAGCACGAGCCACGCGGGGGCCACUAAGCGGGCGCACGAGCACGAACACUCCGGCACGUCCUCACCCGUUGCUGGCGCCCAUGCCAGUGCUCAUCCACCCCUUUCGCCGUCUGGGUCAAGUCGGAGCAAGAACAGUAUCAACACCCUCGAUCCGGCUCUGGCGAGGGCGGAAGCCCGUUCGGGCCUCAAGACGGCAAGCAAAUGCUCCGUCUGUGGCAAGCUCGUCAUUAAUGGCAGCAUCACGAGGACUGGUGAGGUGUUCUGCGGGCGAGACUGCAGGAUCGAGGCCAAGAAGCGGUCGAGGCAGCAGCAAGCUCCUGCUUCUUCUUCCUCCAAAGAGCCCAGAUAGAGCAUUGUAUAAGAGAGUG